GUACUCUAGCUGGUCUUACGAAUAUAAGUUUAAUGGAUCCAGGUUAUUUUAUAAUUUAUUGUGCUUAUUAUCUUUUUAGAUAUACAGCAUUAAUAGGUGGAAAUAUGUGUAGAUGUGGUAAUGAUACUGGUUUAGAUGCUUACAUUAAAUUAAUUGAUGAUAAUUCAAUUAAUACAACUUGUAAUAUCAAAUACGUCGGUAAUUCAAGUUAUUUAUGUGGUGGGAAAGAUGGCUAUAGAGUUUAUGAUACACUAACUGCUAUUUCAAGUUAUAGAGUACCUAAUGUAACUCGCAGUUAA